CCCAAGCCUCCAGCCGCGAAGCGCCACAGGUGCCGUGACGUCACCGCCGCGCCGCGCGACAGCCUAAGUCCGAACCGCGCGGCCGCCGCUUCGUAGCGAGUGGGCAGCUGCGGGUACGCCGAGGAUCUCUGACGCCGUACAUCGCGACUUGUGCUCCCAUCUGACAACCUUAUCGCAUACAAAUGCACAUGAUGCACAUGACUUGAUGCCUGGCUCCUGUCAAACACCACGUGCGGUACCAACUGCACGGUCAUGUGUUUUGUGUUUUACUGUCCAGUGCUUAAGUGUUGCCUACCUGACGCAAACAACAGGUAUACUUCUUCCCCUGUGUAAGCGAUAUGUGACUGUCAUCGAGAUCCUGCCUGCCAGAACAGCGAAGGAGCCUAUUUCUUCGAACUGCAGCAUUUCCAACAGCAACUAGAUAAGCAAGUGUUUUUCAGUAUCUACUACAAGCUCCCAAUAAUUUUUAGAGUGAUUUCGGAAGUGGACCACUACAACUGAUGUAUCACACUUGAGGAAACGAAAUUUUUUUCAUCUACAGCUCAAAAUACUUAUUCUAGGUUUGAAAAGGGCACAAAAAUCGAAAACAACACAAACAACUUGAAUUGUUGAUUUGUCAAUGGUAUCUGUCUGUUCGCGUCUUACGACAACGUUUUCCCUCUUGUUGGCCAUAUUCUCACGCACAGCCACCCCAAUAUAAAGCGCCUUAUCUGCAGCAGUCAGAAACACAGUUUCCUCCUGAGCUUAGUGUCUACAGUUCCUGUUAUACCAUUUGAUUAACCUAAAUUCGUUAAGUUUAUCAAACGAGUAAUCUUUCCCAAAAUCCAAAACAUUACCAGUGAAAGUGUGAAUUCACGUAGUGAAAGAAAAUGUGAUAUUACUCUGUAGGUUUCUGAAAGACGCUUAUGGAUAAUUAUGUAUGAAUGCUGUGCAUAUAAAUAUUGAAAAUUUCACUAGUGGUCAAGUGUUUUUGUGUACAGUGCCAUCAAAUGAAGACAUCUAUUGCUGCAGUUCUGCUCAGUUACGCUGGCGCUUUCCGUUAGCAGAUUACUGAACCAUAUACCGCAACGAUUACUCAUCUCUUCAUCAACGAAGUAUCGUCCGUCAAAGCAUUCAUCCGCCAUCUCCGGUUUCCAAGAUAACAUCAAAAGGUUGGUCAGAACUGAUGCAGCUAACUAAUCCACCAGUAAGAAAACAUCUCUAAAGCCGUAUCUGCGUCCGCCUCGCCGCUGGGAGAGCUCAUUCUUCUGGCCAGACGUAGCGGCCGGCUCUCCGCUGAUAAACUUGCCGAAACAUUUCCAGGCGGAGCGCCGUGUGAUGCCGGGCGUGGGCGCGCAGGAUGGCGCCCCCCGCUAGCUCCAGCCCCAGCGCAGCCGCACCCAGCCUCUGCCUCCGCCCCCGCCGCCGCAGCCGCAGCCGCGACCGCCCCCGCAGCUGGCCGCGGCGGCCUCCGCUAGCAGCCGACAUGCUCCAUGAUGGAGAGGAAGCGCUCCAGCCGCCGCUACCGCUACCGCCCGCGCAAGAGCUGGGCCGAGCGCUUCAAGGACUACCUGCGACACUUCCUCGCCUUCAUGUUCAGCAAUGUCGGCAUCAUUGGCCUGGUGGUGGGCUACACGAUCGCGGGCGCGUUCAUGUUCAUGGCGAUCGAGGGCUCGGAGCCGGGCUGGCCGGCGCACGAGGCGGAGCGCAUGCGCAGCGAGACGGCGGCGCGCCUGUGGCGGCUCACCGAGCAGCUGAACCCCAUCCCGGGGCGCGCGCGCUGGGCCGAGGCGGUGGCGCCCGAGCUGGCGCGCUACCAGCGAGACGUGGUGCGCCUCGUGCGCGACGGCUUCGACGGCAGCAGCGCGCGCCCGCGCUCACAGUGGACCUUCUCGGGCGCCUUCCUCUACUCGCUCACCGUCAUCACCACCAUCGGUUACGGCAACGUGACGCCCAAGACUGAGUGGGGGAAGCUGGCGACGAUCGUGUACGCCAUCGUGGGCAUGCCGCUGUUCCUGCUCUACCUGUCGAACAUCGGCGACAUCCUGGCGCGCAGCUUCAAGUGGACGUUCGCGCGCCUUUGCCUGUGCCGCGGCUGCGCCCGCCGCCGUCGCCUCCCGCCGCCUCCGCCACCGCCGCCCUGGCAGAGGUCGUCAUCGGCUCCAGCGUCCUUCCAGGAGUUCCAGAUGGAGCGCCGGGCGCCCCCGAUGCGCCGUUCGUUGGGCCAGCGACCCCUGGGUACAGGGGCGGACGUGGGGGUGGGCCUGCGGGACCUCGACGGCGGCGGCGGCGCUUUCUCGGAAGACGGCGUCGUCUCCGACCCGGAGGCCGACGAGGACCUCGACGACUCCGCUGACGAGGACUCCACCAGCAGCACGUCCAGCUACGACCCGCAGUCCGUCACCGUGCCCGUCACCCUCUGCCUGGCCAUCAUGGUGGGGUACGUGUGCGGGGGCGCCUUCCUGUUCUCCGAGUGGGAGUCUUGGGACUUCCUGGACGGCUCGUACUUCUGCUUCAUCAGCCUGAGCACCAUCGGCUUCGGCGACAUCGUGCCCGGCGACAAGAUCUACAGCGAGGGCAUCGAGCUGAGCUUCAUCUUCUGCAGCAUGUACCUGAUGCUCGGCAUGGCGCUCAUCGCCAUGUGCUUCAACCUCAUGCAGGAGGAGGUCGUCCACAAGAUCCGCUCGUGCGCGCGCUCCGUGCGCAACUGCUUCGGCUGCCGGUGACACAGGUAGAAGAACCACAACGGGACCGCCAAAACGCAGAGUCCCUCCCUUUGGCGGCACCGCCGCUGCGAUUUCCGGCUUCGUCCAAAGAGGCAGCGCGCCGGAAGAAUGUCCCUGGCCAGCGGCGGCGGAGGAGACGCCGCGCGACUUCAAACGGCCGGCCGCCUGGCGAGUUUUGUGUGCGCCUCCUGCUGCCGGCUUUGUGCAGUCGCGAUUGCUGCGGAUUAAGGUGCGGCGGGUGGGCGGCCGCACAGACGUGCAAAUUGCUUCCCGCCCGCGCUGUCCGCGCCAAAAUUGUCCCGCGUCGGCGAGACACACACACGGCAGCGGCGGGGGCGGAAACGGCGGCUAAUGAAGGCGUGUAAAUUGCGAACCGAGCAAAAGAAGCGGAAGAAGGAGACGGCGCCGAGAAACUUCUGUGGGGGAAGUAUAGUGGCGCCGGACUUAAUUCCCCCUUGCUUUUUCCUCUCUAGGUCCAAUGGCGUGAUUCCCAAGAUGAACAUUCAUUCUGUGUGUGUGUGUGUGUGUGUGUGUGUGUUGGUGCGAGGGGUGUAAGAGGGUGCCCGGGCGAGACAAGAAUAGGAGCCGCGAUUUGCUAGUCGGAACUGUAGGCGAGAAAUAAAUAUUGAAAAAUCGCAAGCCACCGGUUCUGUUGGGAUGCAAAGUGGAUUUCGGGCGCGUUGAUUGCCCAGGUGCGCGCAUUGUACGCGUGGCGGAAUGAGGAUGCAUUAUUAAGAGCGGCGCCUAGUCCAGCCCGCGAGGCACCUGUUUGGCUGGGAGCAGGUCCGCGCCCGGCCGGUCCCAGACGCCUGUGUCAGCUUUUGCGCCUGCCAUCAGAGCGGCUGCGAAUUUCGCAAUCCAUACAGAUUUUCGCCUGCCGCUCUCCAGUCUCCCUGAGGAAUAAACACAGACACGCACACAGCCCGCCCCCCCCUCCCAAAAAAAAAUAAUGCUACCAUCCAGGCGCAAUUUUCUUACUGUCAAGAGUCCGGCGAUUUAUGGCUCAGGACCCGUCCCAGGCGCUCAGAACGGCACAACUGAAGCGCUGUGCCUCUGUACACGCCAGCAAAGUGUGUGAGUAUUUGUUUGUUUGUGUGUGUGUGUGUUUAAUCGUGCAAGUGUUUGUGCAUGUUGGUGCGGUCGUCGCCAAGCGGCGUAAUUUUUUGCCGCUGUCAGCGUUGUUAUAUCCCAGUUAAAUUAUUUCCUUUGCGGCAGAAGCGCUUGCGUGUGACGUUUUCGCGAUAGCUAAUUUUAAUACCGUGUUUUCGCUUCGUCCCCCCCCCCCCUGCCCCGUGUCCCACCGCCCUUUUCUCCCACCCACGUUCCCAAUCCCUUCCCCCAUCCUUUACUUUUGAUAUUUGCACUGUCCCGGAGGGAAACUACGCAUCGCUAAAUAAGAGCUGACGUGUGCCGCGGGUCGAAAUAACCGCAUGAUAAUGAAGACGUUGUUUGAUUUAUUUUUUUCUUUUUCUUUUCAUUGUCCUCGCAGCUCUUUUUUAAGCGUGUGAAAGUUUGUAAAUACACCCUACGAGGAUCAAAUUGUGCCUGUUGUUUUUAUGUCAGACUGAAGUUGU